AUGAUUCCAGAAGACGCUCUUUCGAGAUCCAAAGCAUUCUUUUAUGCCUUUCUGAGUGGAUCCAUCCUCACUUGUCUUGCCUGGUUGUGUCUUCUCAUCUUUGGAAUUAUCACCAUCACUAACACCACAAAAUCUGCCAUCAUUUACAACAAUGGAGCUGCCAUGAUUGUUUUUGCAUGUGGAACGUUCCUUGUCUGGUUGAGUAUGAUGGGAGGUAUGGCAGCAAGUGCCUACAUGAUGCGACGAUACAGUGAACGUUCAGUCGUCUCUCGAACCACCAAACCAGUGGUCUAUGGUGGCGUUCAGGAACAACACAUUGCAACCACACUUCCUUAA